CUUCCGCUCCAACGGCAUAAAGUAGGUGACGGGAAAUCGACACUAAAGACUACAUUUCCCAGGAAGUCUGGCGCUGCAGACCCACCUCCAGGUUGAGUCCAGGAAGUCGGGACUGAAGUAGCCGGCUGACAGUUGUGUACGCGGAGAAUCUCAGAAUGGAGCAGGCACCGUUUAGAUGCAUAGAGUGUAACGCAGAUGCCCAUGAACUCUACAGAGAUUACAGAAAUGGGAUUUUGAAAAUUACGAUAUGCGAAUCGUGCCGGAAGCCCGUGGACAAGUACAUUGAAUAUGACCCAGUGAUCAUUCUAAUCGAUGCAAUAUUAUGCAAGACUCAAGCGUUCCGACACAUUUUAUUUAAUACCAAAAUAAAUAUUCAUGGGAAACUGUGUGUUUUCUGCCUACUCUGUGAGGCGUAUCUGAGGUGGUCGCAGCUACCAGGGUCCGAAAAGACUGUUGACCCCGCGGAUAUCAUCCGAUAUACCAAAGAAUGGGAUUUUUAUGGGAUGUUCGGUUUGGCAGCCCUGGAGUUGGGUGUUUUCCUCGGAGGCGUGCUUGCUUUCCUGUGGCUCCUGCAGCGGUUCCGGAGGGCACACCUGAAGCCGCAGUUGCUGUUCGAAGCCCUGUUGCUGUCCUGCUAUGGCAAGCUGCUGCUCAUACCCGCUGUCAUAUGGGAGCAUGACUACUCACCAUUAUGUUUUGGGCUUAUCCGACUCUUUGUGCUCGCCUCCAACUCCCAGGCUAUUCGAGUUAUUUUGAACAUCAGCAGAAGACUGUCGAUCAUGGCGGUGUUCUUUGGUUUGCUGCUGGAAACUGGUAUGGCAAAAAGGAUUCACACUCUGCUGUGAAGCAUACAGGAACCCCUUUGGUUCUGGUGUUUGGACCCACCUGUGCUUUUCAAGACUGGACCUGCAGAGACACUUGAGUCGGCCCUGUGGCAGAGACUCGAUUGACCGGAGUUAAUAAGCGCCGGAGUUCUUGGUAUUAUUAAGUAUCGCAUUUUCUGUGCCCCUUGACGUACUUAGCUAGCGUAGGGGAAACUUUGUAACAUUUGUGGAAUUCGGAGAUUAAACAAUAUGUCAAUUGACGAAAUUCACAUUUUUAAGCAGUUUAUUACUAAAUAUUAUUACAAGCAGCAACUUAAGUUUGCCGACAUGGAGGAAAAGAACUGCCCAACACUGAAUCGUGGGACAGCACAUGGAAGGAUAGAAAUGUGUUCUACUUCAUAAUAGUCUGAUUAUACUUUAAAUGUGACAUAUACAUGUCAUAUUUUAGUUGUCAGUGGUUAUACCAUCCAUCCAUUUAAUAAUUUAUUAAUUUUAGCUUCACAGUGAGGUUUAUUCUUUUAUAUAAAUGGUGAAUAUAGUUUAAACCAUGGGCAAAGAAUUGUUGGUUAGUGUUUAUUGCACACUGAGCUGUAACCAGUGUGUGAAACACUAAAGGAUUUUUUUUUUCAUUAAUGUUACUUUGAGAUUUUUAAUAAAGUUUUUUUCCCCCCCAUAA